UUUCUGCACCGCACGACAUGGUGCUGCUGCUGACAAGGCAGCAGACGAAUGCGCUUGUUGUGGUGUGUGGUGUGGGGUUGUUGGUGUUGCCGCCCAUCGACCAUGUCAUCGAGACCAGACCCUUUGCCUCCGCCCCAAGGUGGUUGUAUGCGCUGCUGGACAAUGUGACGCAUGCUUCCGUGGCCUUUUGCUUGUGGCAGCUGACUCUGCCGGAUCGGGGGCGGCUGAGAUACCACCUGGAGGCAGUAGGCAGCGCUGCGAUUGCUUCUCUCCUUGAUUUGGACCACUUUGUCCAAGCAAGCUCCGUCCACCUCAAGGAUGCCGUGUCCCUGUCGAGGAGGCCGCCUCUGCACUCGACCACGUUCAGCCUGUGUAUCAUCGCUGGGGUCUACGUGCUGGCGAGCGCGUGGCGAUGGUGGUGGCACCGAAUGCGUGUGCAUGGCACCCCUCGCGCCUGGCAGCCGUCGCCAAUCUUAUUCCUUUGGCUGCCUUUCUCGGCAGUCUUUUCCCACCACAUCCGUGACGCAUACCGCCGCGGCCUGUGGCUUGGCAGUCCCGGCUCAGCCACCUCUUUGUCUUCCUCUUCUUCUUCCUCCUCUACCUCUACCUCCUCCCUUUCUUCCUCUGGUUCUUGGACUCUAAACGUAUCGUAUUCGAUGUAUCUGUUCAUUCUUGUGCUGCAGGCAGCACUACUUUCCUGGCUGGGUGCGAGCCGCGCACACUCUCCCAGUUUGCGUGUUCGCACCACCACAACUGCCACAACUGCCACAACUGCUGCUCCUGCUGCUCCUGCUGCAUCGUUGCCAUUGAUGAGUCAUCACUUGGUCUGAGUACACGAUUCGCACACACUUUGGCUUGUCGUAGUGCGCUUUCAACGUAUCCACCUCCCCAAAUUGCCGAAGCAGCGCCACCAACCACACCAUUUCUCGUCCU